ACGGCAAAGCAGCACAUAAGUUGUAUCUGCUGCAAAUCGCGCGCGCGUUCAUUAUACUUUUGCCUGAUUCUCACAUAACUUAACGAUCUCAUCCGAUAAAAAAAGCACAAAUCUUCAACACACGUUUACCAAUCGAAUAUUCGUGUAUUCCAAGAGCACCAAGAGCCUGAAUCCAGCAGGGCCAAGACGUGUCAAUCGUUGACGGAGUGGCAAAAAAAAAAAGCAGGCCAAAGGCAAUUCAUUCAGUGGAGCCAUUAAACGUUUUUUAAUGAGUGCCCUUCCGAGAAAAGUCAUAAGCUGCUACAGUCUCCAACAAGAAAAUCAUCAACGAAAACUAGACUCGAUUUGUCGCUGAUUGGCUGAUAGGGGGCGAGCAAGAGCAAGUCCCUCCAAGUCAGCUGCAAUUUUGCGAUAAGCUGCCCAGCAACGCCUCAAACUGACGCCGACACCGACUAAAAUGUCAACGGAGCGCGAGCUGGCUCCUGGUGGGCCAGCUCAGCUCCUCACGCACACGCUGCCGUUGACAUUUCCCGAUCUCCAGAUCAACACCACCGUGGGCAUCAUUGGCAAGGUCUAUGAGUCACAGUGGACCCCCUCGCCCACGCGGGCUCAGAGUCCCUCUCAGGCGCAGACUAGCUUCGAAACGCUCACAUCACCACCAGCGUCUGGUUCAUCGGUCAAUCCCACCGCUGUGACCAGCCCAAGUGCUCAGAAUGUGGCAGCUGGGGGUGCCACUGUGGGUGCGACGGCCUCAUCAGCCGCCGCUCAGGUGGCGUCCACCCUGGGCACAACAACCGGUACUGUGACGGCUGCAAUUGCCACCGCUACCCCGACCACCAAUCCGGAUAUGCCCGUCUUCACAUGCCCGCGUCGCCCCAAUCUGGGACGCGAGGGCAGGCCGAUCGUACUUCGAGCCAAUCACUUCCAGGUGACGAUGCCCCGCGGCUAUGUACAUCAUUACGACAUCAACAUACAGCCGGACAAGUGUCCGCGCAAGGUGAAUCGCGAGAUUAUCGAGACCAUGGUGCAGGCCUACAGCAAGAUCUUUGGCGUUCUGAAACCGGUAUUCGAUGGACGCAACAAUCUCUACACACGCGAUCCCCUGCCGAUUGGCAACGAGCGCCUGGAGCUGGAGGUGACCCUGCCCGGCGAGGGCAAGGACCGCAUCUUCCGCGUGACGAUCAAGUGGCAGGCGCAGGUCUCGUUAUUCAACCUGGAGGAGGCUCUGGAGGGUCGCACGCGUCAAAUACCCUACGACGCCAUCCUGGCCCUGGACGUGGUCAUGCGACAUUUGCCGAGCAUGACUUAUACGCCAGUCGGACGCAGCUUCUUCAGCUCUCCGGAUGGCUACUACCAUCCUCUGGGUGGUGGACGUGAGGUCUGGUUCGGUUUCCAUCAGAGCGUGAGGCCCUCGCAGUGGAAGAUGAUGCUGAACAUUGAUGUUUCGGCCACCGCAUUCUACAAGGCUCAACCCGUGAUUGACUUUAUGUGCGAGGUGCUGGACAUACGCGACAUCAUGGAGCAGCGCAAACCGCUCACCGACUCCCAGCGGGUGAAGUUCACCAAGGAGAUCAAGGGACUCAAGAUUGAGAUCACACACUGUGGCCAGAUGCGGCGCAAGUAUCGUGUCUGCAAUGUAACCCGCCGACCGGCUCAAAUGCAAUCAUUCCCACUGCAGUUGGAGAAUGGUCAGACCGUGGAGUGUACCGUGGCCAAGUAUUUCCUGGACAAGUAUCGAAUGAAGCUGCGCUACCCUCAUCUGCCCUGCUUGCAGGUGGGACAGGAGCAUAAGCACACCUAUCUGCCGCUCGAGGUGUGCAACAUUGUGGCUGGACAGCGAUGCAUCAAGAAGCUGACCGACAUGCAGACCUCGACGAUGAUCAAGGCCACCGCACGUUCGGCACCGGAUCGCGAGCGUGAGAUCAACAACCUGGUGAAGAGGGCGGACUUCAACAAUGACUCGUAUGUGCAGGAGUUCGGACUGGCCAUCUCCAAUUCGAUGAUGGAGGUGAGGGGACGAGUGCUGCCCCCGCCGAAGCUUCAGUAUGGGGGACGUGUGUCCACUGGCAUCACCGGGCAGCAGUUGUUUCCGCCCCAGAAUAAGGUGAGCCUGGCCUCGCCCAACCAGGGCGUCUGGGACAUGCGCGGCAAGCAGUUCUUCACGGGCGUAGAGAUCAGAAUCUGGGCCAUUGCCUGUUUCGCCCCGCAGCGAACGGUGCGCGAGGAUGCACUGAGGAACUUCACCCAGCAGCUGCAGAAGAUCUCAAAUGAUGCCGGUAUGCCGAUCAUAGGGCAGCCCUGCUUCUGCAAAUAUGCCACGGGGCCGGAUCAAGUGGAGCCGAUGUUCCGCUACCUGAAAAUCACCUUCCCGGGUCUUCAGCUCGUCGUGGUUGUGCUGCCCGGCAAGACCCCUGUCUAUGCGGAGGUAAAGCGCGUGGGCGACACCGUCCUGGGCAUGGCCACCCAGUGUGUGCAGGCGAAGAACGUGAACAAGACAUCGCCACAGACGCUGUCCAAUCUGUGUCUGAAGAUCAACGUCAAGCUGGGCGGCAUCAAUUCGAUUCUGGUGCCCUCCAUCCGGCCCAAGGUCUUCAACGAGCCCGUUAUCUUUCUGGGAGCUGACGUCACCCACCCACCAGCCGGCGAUAACAAGAAGCCCUCGAUUGCGGCUGUUGUUGGUUCAAUGGACGCCCAUCCGUCGCGAUAUGCAGCCACCGUGCGCGUGCAGCAACACCGCCAGGAGAUCAUCCAGGAGCUGAGCAGCAUGGUGCGCGAGCUGCUGAUCAUGUUCUACAAAUCGACGGGUGGCUACAAGCCCCACCGAAUCAUACUGUACCGCGACGGCGUCUCCGAGGGACAGUUCCCGCAUGUGCUGCAGCACGAGCUGACCGCCAUCCGAGAGGCGUGCAUCAAGCUGGAGCCCGAGUACCGGCCAGGCAUCACAUUCAUCGUUGUUCAGAAGCGCCAUCACACGCGACUCUUCUGCGCCGAGAAGAAGGAGCAGAGCGGCAAAUCCGGCAACAUACCGGCCGGCACCACCGUCGAUGUGGGCAUCACGCAUCCAACCGAGUUUGAUUUCUAUCUGUGCAGCCAUCAGGGCAUCCAGGGCACCAGUCGACCCUCGCACUACCACGUUCUCUGGGAUGACAAUCACUUUGACUCCGACGAGCUGCAGUGCCUCACGUAUCAGCUGUGCCACACCUAUGUGCGGUGCACACGGUCCGUCAGCAUACCAGCUCCAGCCUACUAUGCCCACUUGGUGGCUUUUCGUGCCAGGUAUCAUCUGGUGGAGAAGGAGCACGACUCCGGCGAGGGCUCACACCAGAGCGGCUGCUCAGAGGAUCGGACACCGGGAGCCAUGGCCAGAGCCAUCACGGUCCAUGCGGACACUAAGAAGGUCAUGUACUUUGCCUAAAAAGUAGCCAAUACCAAUACCAACACCAAAAACCACACAAGAUAAACCCCAAGAAAAUCACAACAAAAAUCAAAAAUCAAUUUCGAAAUUCAAUUCGAAUAAGAAAUAUAUAGAGAGAGAGAGAGAGAGAAAACCCACCCACCAUCCAUCCCAAUAAUCCUACUCCCAAAUCCCUCCUCAAAACAGAAAAGCCAAGCAAAGAGCGAGAGAGCAAGCGAGCGAGAGAGAGAGUUAUUGUUAAGUUGAAAGUUUAAAGUUUAAGUUGAGAUAGUGAGAGAUAGAGAGGAAGAGAGCGCGUUUAAUGAGUAUAUAAGGAAUAUCUUGCAUGCAUUAGUUUUAGGCCAAAACGACACAACAAACUCCCACAGCAAACACUCACACACUCACACAACGCGACACGACACCGUGAAGAAUUGAUUAUAGUAAUAGGGAAUAGGGAAGGGAAUCGAAUGUUAAUGCACAACAAAAUGUGAAAAUUCUCAACAAAAGCGUAGCAAACAAACAAAACCAACAAAUAACAACAACAACAAAAAAAAUGGAAAAACAUUUCAACAAAAAACUAAACUUAAAGGGGAACAAAAACUACGAACGCAACACCAAAAGCCAAGCAGCAGCAUUAUCUAUUCUAUCAUCAAAUCAAACUUACUUACAAGAACAACACCACGAAAGAUAGACACACAACUUUUGUAAAUGUGGGGGGAAAACGAAUCCAAUUAAAAAUACAAUAAAUUGUACAAUAUAUUUUUACAAAUAACAAAUCGAAGAAUCGAUGGGGAAUGAAGCAUAGGAAUGAAUGAACGAAUGGAAGAGAAUGUAAUGCAUACAACCAAAGGUUUUUAGUAUACAAAAACGAAAGAAAAACAAAGCACACAAAAAACAAUUGAAUAUGUUUGCUGAUCGAAGACUCACACAACAACCACAAAAACCACAACCACACGACAAACAAAUUAAAACUCUGAUUCUCUGUACUGUGAACGAAGACCACCACCAAAAUGAAAAUGCAAAAUGCAAAUAAAAACGAAGAUGAAGAUGAACAUUUAAGGGAAACAAAACUAAACACCAAUAAGUGGGGGACACUCGACUCGACAAAGGCAUUAAAGCGCUGAAACACAACUUAGCAUAUACGGAAACGAAAUAAACGGAAAAAAUACUUCAAUAACUAAAGUGCAGAUUAAACUGAAAACAUUUAAUAGUUUGUAAGAUUGGGCUCUACCAAAAAAUCAUAGAAGCGAAGAUGGACAGUAAGAUACAUAUAUAGAGAGAGAGAAAGAGCGGCGGCAUAACGAUAACUCCAAUUUCUACAAGGGACAAAACGUAUGGUUAUAACAAUUGCUAUUAAUAUUUACAUAGAUUUAUGAAAAUUCAACAAAUACACAGUACUAAUUAUAAAGUUUUUUAAAGAAUCGGGGCAAUAAUCAAGCAACCAACCCAGAAACAGUUACGAAUGCGAUACCGGAAAUACUUAAGCAUAUACAUACAUACAUCAUAUAUAUGAAAUUAUAUAUAUGUAGUAUAUAUAUAAUUUUGUUCAAAAGUGCAAAUAAUAUGCUGAUAUUUUGUGUUAGUCUUUAGUUAAUCUUUUUUUAUGCUCAUCGAGACAAGACGCCAAAACGCCCGCAAAUAUACACAGACACACACACACACACCAAGUCCCCCCAGGCAUAUCACUCAAAUGUCCACCCUUUAUUUAUGUACCUUAAAACCGUAAGCUUAACUUAACGAUAUUUAAUUGUAUUUAAUAUUUUAAAUUUUUUUAGAGCAAAACCAUUAUUUGUUAUUUCCUCGCGUUUGCUGGGGCGAGACAGCAUCCAUGUAAUUUCGUAUUAAAAAUUAACUUUUAGCCAAGUGGUGUACGGGUAAUAUAAAACAAGGUUAAAAAAACAACUCCCACUCAUCACUACACCUGCACUGUGCGGGUGGUGGUGGUGGGGGCAACAACAUUUCAAUAUUUUACAAAGUAGUUUUAAUUUUGCCAUUAAUCAAAUACAAAGCAAAACAAAACAAAACAAACGACAAGAAAAAAACAAAUGCAAUAUGGAAAGAUGAAUAAUACAUGUUCUAUAUAUCGAGGACACAGUUCAAGUUAA